AGGGAGGGGGACGCCGAGCAAAGGAGCGGCGAGGCUGGGAGGCAGGCAGGGGCUUCCCUCGGGCUGGCAGAGAUGAACACAGAAGCAGAACAAGAGCUUCUCCAUAAUGCAAGAAAUGGAAAGAGUGAAGACAUCCGACAACUUUUGGAAGCUAUGGAGAAGGGAGAGAUUACUUUUAACAUCAACUGCAAAGGCACAAGUAAAUCAAACUUGGGCUGGACUCCGCUUCAUCUUGCAUGCUAUUUUGGGCAUACCAGUGUUGUCAAGGAUUUGCUGAAGGCUGGUGCUGAUGUAGAUGUGCUAAAUGAUAUGGGAGACACUCCAUUGCACCGUGCAGCCUUCACUGGGCGCAAGGAGGUGGUUCUACUACUUUUGGAAUCGGAUGCCGAUCCUUCCAUUGUUAAUGGGAAUGGGCAAACCGCAAAAGAUGUUACGCACAAUAAGGAAAUACGAGAGAUGCUAGAAGCUGUGGAAAGGACUCAAGAAAGAAAACUAGAGGAACUCCUCCUAGGAGCUGCACGAGAAGGCGAGAUCGGAAAACUCACAGUGCUGUUAAACAGGUCAAAUCCUCCUGACAUCAAUUGUACUGAUCAGAUGGGAAAUACGCCAUUACAUUGUGCGGCAUACCGUGCCCACAAGCACUGUGCUUUGAAGCUUCUAAAAUGUGGAGCAGACGCUAAACUAAAGAACAAACGCGGUCAGACACCCCUUGCUUUAGCUCAAGGGGCCGACAUGAAGCAAAUACUUGAAGGAGGCAUUGGAAAAAUGGUCAACAAACCCUUGAAACGAUUUGAAGGACUACUUUGGAAGAGUUCACGUUUCUUUGGGUGGAAACCGUAUUGGGUAGUACUGGAACACGGAGUCCUCUCGUGGUACCAAAAACAGGCUGAUAUUGGCAACAGUAAUCGCCGCCAAGGAUGCAAACACCUAACACAAGCCAUUUGCACAGUUAAAGGUUCAGAUGGCUGUCUCUUUUCUGUCAAGUGCUUUGAUAAUACAGUUCACAGUUUUAAAGUUCCCAGGACGAAUCAGCAACAAGCGAGAGAGAACUGGAUACAGGCAAUAGAAGACCAUUCGGCAUACAGCACACACUACUGUAGUCAAGAACAACUGAGUGACGAUGAGGAAGAAGAUGAUACAAUAUCAGUUGUUGAGUUACAGGACUCACUAAAAAUUGCGCAGUCAUGCCAACAAAGGCUAGAUAAAGAAAUUUCUGGUUUCCUCUCUGUGAUUAAGUCACAUGACACAACUGAAGGAGUUCCAGCUUCAUUUCUCAAGAAAGCUGAAGAAGUAUCUGAAACGUCAAGAGAAACUUGUGAAGCCCUUAGUAACUGCCUCAAGCUCUUCACUAAACAAGAAGGGGUGAGGAAUCUGAAACUGGAGCAUGAGCAAGAGAAAAACAAGAUCUUAUCUGAAGCUCUAGAAACAUUAGCCACCGAACACCAUGAAUUAGAGCAGUCACUAGUCAAAGGGUCACCACCUCUGAGCAUCCUGAGCGAGGAACAGUUCUAUGAUGCUGUUUCAGAUUCAGAAUCCGAAAAAUCAUUGAGUGGAUUUGAAACGGUGACAUCGAACUCAUUAGACGACAGCGUGGAUUCCAGCAAUACUAUAACAUCUGAUAUGUCUCAAAAAAAGCCCAAUAAAAGUGGAGAGCCUCUAUCAAAUGGCAUCAAAAAGCACAGGACAAGCCUACCUUCUCCAAUGUUUUCCAGAAAUGAUUUCAGUAUUUGGAGCAUCUUAAGAAAGUGCAUUGGAAUGGAGCUGUCCAAGAUCACUAUGCCGGUAAUUUUUAAUGAGCCGCUAAGUUUCCUACAGCGACUGACAGAAUACAUGGAACACACAUACUUAAUUCAUAAAGCCAGCUCACUUUCUGACCCCAUAGAAAGAAUGCAGUGUGUAGCUGCAUUUGCUGUCUCUGCCGUUGCCUCUCAGUGGGAACGAACAGGAAAGCCAUUCAACCCAUUACUUGGAGAGACAUAUGAACUGGUCAGAGAAGAUCUCGGAUUCAGACUCAUUUCGGAACAAGUUAGUCAUCAUCCACCAGUCAGUGCUUUUUAUGCAGAAGGCCUGAGUAAUGACUUCAUAUUUCAUGGUUCCAUUUAUCCUAAACUCAAGUUCUGGGGAAAGAGCGUUGAAGCUGAACCUAAGGGAAUAAUAACUCUACAACUACUUGAGCACGAUGAAGCAUACACAUGGACAAAUCCUACAUGCUGUGUGCAUAAUAUUAUUGUGGGCAAGCUUUGGAUUGAGCAAUAUGGGAAUAUGGAAAUAACCAAUCACAAAACUGGAGAAAAAUGUAUGUUAAAUUUCAAACCCUGCGGUCUUUUUGGAAAGGAAUUACACAAGGUAGAAGGCUAUAUUCAAGAUAAAAGCAAAAAGAAACUGUGUGCACUCUAUGGAAAGUGGACUGAAUGUUUGUACAGCAGUGACCUUGCUACUUUUGAAGCUUACAAAAAGAAUGACAAGAAAAACACAGACGAGAAGAAGAACAAUAAGCAGACAGGCAGCUCUGAAGAACCAGAUGAGAUUCCCUUGCCAAAUUCGGAAAGUGUCUGCGUAAUACCAGGAAGUAUAUUAUUAUGGAAGAUAGUUCCAAGGCCUUCAAACUCAACAGAGAUGUACAAUUUUACUACCUUUGCUAUGGCUUUGAAUGAACUGGAUCCAGAAAUGGAAAGUGUGAUUCCUAAAACCGAUUGCCGGUUAAGGCCCGAUAUAAGAGCUAUGGAAAAUGGUGACAUAGAUGUAGCCAGUGAAGAAAAGAAAAGACUUGAAGAAAAACAAAGAGCGGCUCGUAAAAACAGGUCUAAAUCUGAGGAAGACUGGACAACAAGUCAGCCAGUGGCCCAGGCUCCCAGGUGGUUCCAUCAAGGUCCUAAUCCCUACACUGGUGCACAAGACUGGAUUUAUACUGGGAACUACUGGGACAGGAACUACUUUAACUUGCCUGACAUUUAUUAAAUUACAUUGGAAAGUUUGAGGCUAACACAAAUAAGUCUUAAUCAGUUUUCAGUGUUUUCCUUUGUUCCUAUGCUCCUAGAAAAAAAACUGACAAGUUUUAACUUGAAUGUACUAUUAUGCAGCUUCUGCAGCAACUAUGGUAGCAGAAGAUUGUUGUUGGGGGAGUUUUUGUCAUACUCCCUAUAUAAUUAUACUAUGCAUACGUAUACAUGUUACUGUUAUUCGUAAGGGAGAGAGAAGGUGCUGCCUAUAUUUGCUGAAGAAGCUGAUGCAUCUAAUACUCAGCUCUAGGUCAAAUGGAAAAGAGGGCACCUUUGGGUUUUCUGUCUCUUUUUGGUCAGUGAUAGCUAUGCUGGCAUAAUGGAAACACAAGACCUUUGACGAGACAGAAAUAUCAAAAGCACACUCCUGAAAUGCAAUACUACUAUGGCUUAAAGCCAGAGAAGGGCAUGCCACUUCUUGAGAAGAAUUACCUUUCGGAAGGGAUGUUUCAUUACUUCAUAAAAUACUGGAUUACGGAUAGCGAGUACAAAAUAAAGUUACUGUCAUUGCACUAGUGUAUUCCCCUAUCUAUCAACAGAUACUACAUAGGACUAGCAGACAAGCUUACUCAGCAGUGACGAUUCCAUGUUUAGUGCAGUGUUUUAACAUUUCUCUUUUGACAUUUCAUUACUACCAUGCUCAUAUCUUUAAGGAAGUAAGAGCCAUUUAGAUCUUUGAAACUUUGAUUUGAACUGAGACGGAAGUAUUUUUUUAAAAAUCUGCAAUGCACUUGAGAGGUGCUCAACAUUAUCAGAAGCGAGGGAGGUUGGAUGAUCUUCAGCAAAAGGAAAGGAUACGUCAAAUGUACCUGGGCAUUUGCAGUCAGAAGCACCCCCCCCCCCCCAAAAAAAAGAGAUGUGUGUGCAUUUUAAAGCCAGUAAGACAGCUCUGCGACUAUUGUACACAGUGGAAUUUGCCCCUUUGUUUGGGGUGCAUUAAAAUGUAUGGGAUUAUAUAUUUGUAUAAAAUGGAGUACAUAAAUUCUAGAGGGCCUGAUGCUCUUGUACUGUAUUAAAUUAAUUGCUGUUUGGAAGUAUAGUGAAUUAUUUAAUUGCUAUUAAAUAAAGGCUUUAAACUGU